UGAAAUACAUGAGAGAAGCAACCCCCUACGUGAAGAAAGGCUCUCCUGUUUCAGAAAUUGGGUGGGAGACGCCUCCCCCUGAAUCUCCCCGCUUGGGUUGUGCCUCUGCUGACCCCCUGUCGCAGCUUUCGCUCUCCAUCCACAGAGACAAGAAGACAAUACCGCUCAAGAUGUGCUACGUGACGCGCAACAUGACGGUGUCGGACCCCGAAAACAGACUUAUUGAAGUUCAUUCACCUGAUGCCAAGCACACCGUGGUGCUCAGGAGUAAGGAUUCAGCUACAGCCCAGGCCUGGUUCAAUGCCAUCCACUCCAGUGUCAAUGAGCUCAUCCCCAGGGUGAUUGCAGAGGUCAGAGACCAGCUGGGUAAAACAGGGAUUGCUGGAAGUCGAGAGAUUAGGCAUCUAGGCUGGCUUGCAGAAAAGGUGCCAGGAGACAAUGAGAAGCACUGGAAGCCAGUGUUAGUGGUCUUGACGGAGAAAGACCUCUUAAUAUAUGAGAGCAUGCCGCGGAUGAAGGAAGCUUGGUUCAGCCCUCUGCAUACCUACCCCCUGCUAGCCACCAGGUUGGUCCAUUCUGGCCCAGGAAAAGGCUCACCGCAGUUAGGGGUGGAUUUGUCUUUCGCAACCCGUACCGGUACAAGGCAAGGGAUUGAAACCCAUGUGUUCAGGACGGAGACUAGCCGAGACCUCUCACUGUGGACGAGGAGCGUAGUGCAGGGCUGCCACAAUUCUGCGGAGCUCAUCACGGAAAUCACCACAUCUUGCACAUAUAAAAGCCAGGAGUGCCGUUUGACCAUCCAUUAUGAACAUGGAUUCUCUCUUACAACUGAACCGCAAGAUGGUGCCUUCUCUAAGACAAUUGCACAAUAUCCCUACGAAAAACUGAAAAUGUCCUCAGAUGAUGGGAUAAGGAUGCUUUAUUUAGACUUUGGAGGAAAGGAUGGAGAAAUUCAACUGGACCUUCAUUCCUGUCCAAAACCAAUUGUGUUCAUCAUUCAUUCCUUCCUGUCAGCAAAGAUUACAAGACUUGGCUUGGUGGCAUAAGUGGGAUACAUCUGUUUCUUUAAAGAAGACGGAGCGACCAUGCUAAUCUGAAGUACAGUCAACAGCAGCAACCCGUACCAGCUAGCACCAUACACCAGCUUGGGGUUCAGUACUGGGCCUUGGUCAUUUCUGCAGUCUUCCAAGGCCCAGGUUUCAUUUUGAUCAGCUAAAGAGGUGGCAGGACAAGUAAAACGGUGGAUUUCAUUGUAAAUAAUGGGAUUUAAAAAUCCCAUAUGAGACAGUAAAAACGUGUAGUACCAUACAUGUAAAUGUUUCAGAAUCAUAAAUUGUGCCUAUUUCAAUGUAUUUGUUUAUAUGGAAUACGUAAAGGGCUAAGCAGACAAGAGUGGGUGUUGGUUGUGAUGCAAGCUCAAGGUUGUUUGAGUAGAAGUUCUCCAAACAAGACUAUCCCACCACCCAAAAGUAAAAUAUUUUUUCUGUUCUAACCUGUGCACCACUUACAGAAGAUUUUUCGUGUGGAGCGCUGUCAGAACCUGUUGCUUGAAUACCCAGCAGAGCGUGCAAAUAUGCACCUUUGAGUAGGAUGCUCUAAAGCAAUACAGCUGUGGUCAGUGAACAGCUGGAGGGUCCCUGCCAAGGGGCACUUUCAAAUUAAACGAUAAAGACAUCUUGUGUACGUUCCUAGCGACAGACCCAAAGCAAGACUAGCUAUAGCAACGUAUUGAGAGCCGGCUGUCAGUGGGGCGUAGGUAGGAGCAUCCUCAAGUUACCUGAAUCCAUGCUGAAGCGCGACCUAAGCUUCUGCCAGCACAUUUCCACAGCGGGGUUUUCCGACAGAAAGCCACACUGAGCUUCCUGUCCUCCUGCCCCAACGGUGUCACCCCCUCAGCUCUGCCGAGGCUGGUUGUGUGGUCUUGAUAGAAGAACAAAUGUGAGGAAGGAGGAA